AAAACUUUCUUGUCUAUAUCAUGUGUGAACAUAUAACACACAUUUCCAGUCUUACAGCGGUCACCUGAACCCCGCCGUGUCUCUGGCCAUGGUCAUCCUGGGGAAGCUGAAGAUCUGGAAGUUCCCCAUCUACGUGACGGCGCAGAUGUUGGGCGCAUUUGUCGGAGCGGCUGCAGUCUUUGGAUUGUAUUACGAUGCCUUCAUGGACUUCACCAGCGGGAUCCUGUCGGUCACAGGAAUUAACGCCACAGGACACAUCUUCGCCUCGUACCCAGGCAGACACCUGACGGUCCUGGGCGGAUUCGUGGAUCAGGUGGUGGGGACGGGAAUGCUGGUCCUCUGUAUUCUGGCGGUUGUGGACGGCAGGAACAUGGGUGCUCCUCGAGGCGUGGAGCCGCUGGCUGUGGGUCUGAUCCUGCUGGGCAUCAGCGUCUCCAUGGGGCUGAACUGCGGUUACCCUCUGAACCCCGCCAGAGACCUGGGCCCGCGCCUCUUCACCGCCGCCGCUGGGUGGGGCAUGGAGGUGUUCAGCACUGCAGAUUACUGGUGGUGGAUCCCUGUUGCCGGGCCGUUGGUAGGGGGCGUCGCCGGUGCUGUGAUCUACUUCCUGUUGAUUGAGCUUCAUCACUCCAACCACAACGACAAAUCUCACAAAGAACCUGAGGAAGAGGAGGAUGAGGAGGAAGAUGAGGACAGCAGCCUGAAGGACAAAUACGAGAUGAUCAACAUGAGCUAGAAACCCAAGACCAGUAAAGUCCUGUUGUGACCAAGUAAAGCCGGUAAACUCAUUUUCAUACACCGUUUACAGGAGUAAACUCAUCAGUGACAUCAGCGACCUUCAUCCACCUCAUUUAGACACUUCACAACUCAAAUAAUUAACGGCU